AGAAAAUUUGAAAUAAAAAAGAAAAUUGGCUUACGUGAAGAUCAACAACAUCAACACAACAACCCUUUGGUUACGGUGCUUCUCAAAUCAACAGCAACCCUUUGGUUACUUUACCUUCGCAACCACAAACCACACAGCAAGAUCAACAACAUCAACAUCAACUUCGACAGCAGCAUCAAGAAGAUCUUGCACCUGCACCAAGCUACUACUUCUGCUGAGUUGGCACUUGCGAGAAAGAAGAAAGAGGAGAUUAAAGAACAGAAGAAGAAAGAUGAAGAAGGUUUGCACCUUCUUACACUACUUCUCCAAUGUCCAGAAGCUGUAUCAGGAAGAUAUUGAGUUCGAAACAUUUGUUUUAUAAGGAAAUGUGUGCUUACCAUAAUGGACAAAGGGUACCGAGUAGCCAUGAUCUUGACUUGCAUGGUUAUUCGUUGGAGCAUGGAAAGGACUCGAGAGAUAAUGAUGGCUCUGAGGAUGAUGAUGACGAUAACAAUGAAAGUGAAGACGAUGAGAUGGAUGAUGAGAUUAAUAUUAAUGCUUAUGGGGAUGGAGGGAGGAGGACGGAGGAGUUUUUUCGUGAUCGAGAUAAAUUAAGUGAGGAGGAUGGCCAUGGCCACUCUUGGCCGCCAUCUAUUAGGAUGAAGAAACUUGAGGUUGAAAUGGCAAAGGUUUUUCAAGACCCUGCAAAGUCACCGUGGGAGCGAAGAGAGUGGAUUAAGGCACAACUGUUGCAGCUUCAAGAGCAAAAUGCAGAGUACCAAGUCAAGGCUCUUGAGCUUCAGAAACAACGAUUUAAGUGGUUAAGAUACUGCAGCAAGAAGGAUAGGGAGAUGGAGAAGAUGAAGAUGGAGAACAAGCGAAUGAAAUUGGAAAAUGACCGCAGGAUAUUGAAACUGAAGCAGAGAGAGCAGGAGGCAGAUUUCAGUAGGUCCGUGAUGUCGUUAGACCCUGCAACCAUCGGUAUCAACAAGCCGCAAGGGAGAGAACAUAUCAACUUGGCUAGACAGCAGUAGCUCCCGAUAGAAACAAAAGGCCUAAAGUGGUAACAGUAGUGGAGCAAGACCUGAGCAAUGCAGGUUCAUUCUUGGGAAGGUUUGUGGAGGCAAUACAUUACUACUCAGCACUAUUUGACUCUCUUGGUUCAAGCUAUGGUGAAGAGAGUGAGGAGAGACACGUGGUGGAGCAGCAGCUAUUACGUAAGCCAAUUUUCUUUUUUAUUUCAAAUUUUCUUUUUUAUUUCAAAUGCUAAUGCCACAUAAGCCAAUUGAACAAAAUCCAGUCAGCAUUUGAAGUAAAAGGGUGUGGUAAAACUUGCUUAUAAUUUUUAUAAGGGUGCUUUCGUAAAAAAAAAACUUCAGAGGGGCAAAACCGAAUCUCGCCCUAAUGGCAGGGGGUGAAUUGCAUUUAACCCUAAAAAAAAUAUGUUUGAAAAGAAUACAUGCCUUGAGUGAUUUAAAUGAUUCAAGGCAACUCUCAGGAAGGUUAAGUAUGGCAAGAUUCUUGGGAUUGAAAUCGUGUGGUAAAGAGGAUGACGGAUAUCCACUCCAGUCAAGCACUUUCAAACUAUUUGGGAGAGCUUGAGGGCCUCUGGAAAAUCUUGCAUUUCUGAUUAUAAGAAUUCUUAAGUUCUUCAUCUGUCAGAAGGAUUUUCCAUUCCAUUCCACCUCUAUAUUUUUGCGCAAGUCAACAAUCAUGACUUCAAUCUUAUCAGACUUCAAUCUUAUCAGUUCCCUGAAAUCAUAACUUAUACAUACAUAUAGUAAAUCAGGACUUUGUCAUCUACUUAUUUGCAGACACACAAAUUAAAUUAUAUACAUACUUGCAUUCAGAGGGCACGUGAGUGGAAUACAGAGGUGGAGUACCGGCGUGCAGCGAAGCGGCAUGCGGCAAACAUUAUAGUAAUUAAUAAAACAUUAUAGUAUAAGUUAAUUGAUUUUUGAAAAAAUAUUUUAAUCUUAAUUAAAACUUUCUUUUCAAAAAUAAUAAUUAACCUACAUCCACGUAACCGCAGUCUUACCAAAAACAAUACUU